AUGUGUUCACCGACCUUCUACACGCAAGACGUCCACGUUGAAGUCAAUGCCACGACUGGUGAGAUACUCAAGUCAGACUUUAGCUCCAACACGGACAGUCGCAUGCCGGUGGACAUGAACAUCCCGGCGACGGGUAUUUGGCUCUAUUUAAACAACCCUUACGACAAACAGCUUCAACUGCAGAUAUCUUCUUACCCAGAAUUUUUCAACACCUCCAAAGUCCCUCUGGGAGAAGCAGGAGGAUCUCUAGAGAGCUCAUUAAGUGGUGCUUCUUUGAUCUCUGCAGAACUGCCGUCGGACUACUUUUUCACAACCCUGGCCAAUGGAAACAGUGUCUCAAUGAGUGAAAAGUACCUAGCAAACGCCACCUCUUUUGGAAAGGAUGUCGAGACACUUGCAAAUGAGAUGUUCACGCAGGUUGUGAGCAUUUUCGCACGGAAAAGUGUCGAGUCACAACAGAUUAAGGGAAUCGCAGUUACCACCGACUCCAGGAUGUUCUUGCGGGGAGCUGCAGUGCGCAUCUUACAAGCUCUAUUGGCAGCUGUUGGCAUUGCCAGUAUCCUAUUAGCCACGGUCCUUCGGCCCACUUCAGGAUUACGGCUUGACCCUGGCCCGAUUGCAGCUACCGCCGUAGUACUGGCCGCUUCCAGUCCCCACACUGAAAGAGCAUUUUCACCAUAUUCAACAUCUUCAAUCAAAACCGCUAGUGGUGGGCUCUCCCACUACAGAUGGAAGUUUGUCUCUCAUAAUUGCCAGACACGCGAAUCUGGGUACGAUAUAUCAGUUGUUUGCCUAGAAAGCCUUCCGGAAGCAAUCGUUGAAAGUCAAACCGUCUCAGAUAACCCUAAAGGCUGGCGGCCUUUUGCACUUCGAACUUGGGCGAAAAGCCUACUAGUAAUCGCCUUCUGCGCUGUAAUAACUGUACUAGCUGUGCUUCAAGUUCUUUCGAAACAGAGAGACGGCCUCUGGAGCGCUGGUGGGAGCAGCGAGCUAGCCACUGCUUUUGUUCCUACCAUUGUACUUGUUCUUCUAAGCUAUUGCUGGUCUGGAAUUGAUGGCGCAGUCAAUUCUCUUACGCCAUAUAAGAGCCUUUGGAAGUCAACGAAGAAAGACCCGCUUAAGCUCAGCCUCCAAGAGAUUCCAAAUAUUUUGGUUCCAUUCGCCGCUCCAAUCUACAAGCUCGGAUUUGCUGUAGCGGCUUGUUCUUUAACCAUGUCUUUGUUUCCUGUCAUUAAAGUAAUAGCUGCCGGGCUAUAUACUACAGACCUUGCUGAGAUUGGGCGCCCCACCAACAUUACUAUCGAUACGAGUAUUAUGGAAAACCCACUUGGAAAAUACGAUGCCGAUGUUAUAGCUGCGCGUGCAGUGCAAUACGCAGAGUGGGCCGUCACCCCUACCACCAAUAUGACAAAACGACAAGGAAUUCUGGAGAACAUAGUUUUCAGCAACUUCACCGGGAUAGACUGGCAAAGUAUCGGCAAUAAUAGUGCUGAAUACAGCAUUAAUGCAACCGUACCCGCUAUAGCGGUCGACGUGGAAUGUACCGCGAUACCAUCCAACGCUUUUGCGAUUUACGCAAGGCUGACUGACACCGGAUAUUACUUUUCGUUUGAUUGCGCUACAGAAGCGUGUGCCAAAAUAUCUCAUCGAGCAGGCACGUUUGGAUCGGGUUCUUCAUCGCCAAAUAUGUAUGAGGGUAAAUGCGUUAUUGACAGUAAUUGGAAUUACCAGGUCAUCUUGGCAAAUUUCACGUCCAUCCAGGACCCUAUCAGGAACAACACGCCGAUUUCAACAAGCUCAAUUCCAGGAACGCUACUUACCCCGGGUUCGCUUAAUGUGUCCCUUCCGACAAUAAAUGCUGCAUCUUGCAGACGAUUGAUACAGGCCAUUGAAGUUAACACAACCUUUACCCGAUCCACCAUCCAUGGGUUAGAUGGGACAAUGAAAAUCCUUCCAUGGAGCCCUUCCAGCUAUGAUCCGGAUUCCAUAAUAGUCCGAAAUGAACUCAACACCUCCGAUCCCCCUGAUUGGUUUACACCGGACCAUUUUUAUCACCGAGGAUAUGGUCUAGAACAGUACCAGCCUGGAUCUCUCGAGGGGGUUACCGUCUGGCCCGCUGGCGGCAGCACCAACUUUUUUGAGCUGAUUGCUACAUAUGCCAAAUAUUAUCUCAACGACCUAUCGGCACUUAGUGACCCAGAUGGGCUUUCCAAGGCGACAAAGGAAAUGUACACGGCAUACACUACACAAAUGCUGAGUGAGGUGCGCCCGUAUGCACUGAAAGCAGCCAACUCUACAGCAUCGAAGACUAUCAAAGGCACAGCAAUCCACCAACAAGCGAUUUUCUAUCAGGACCUACGCACUACUAUUAUCCUCGAAAUUCUGCUUUUCGUGGUUUUGAUUUGUCUGCUGUGGGUCGUAUUCCGCUUCCCGAGCGCGUCUAUUCUACCUAUGGAACCAGACUCUAUCGCAGCACGGUUUUCAUUUCUUGCCGGGAGUACGCUUGUCAGCCAUCUUCGAAAGGAAGGCAUUGCAUCAGUGAGAGGUACAACAAUAUGGAAAGACAAUCCCGGCCUUGGAUGGUGGCAAGUGGAUAAAUCCGCUACUGAUGGUCGCGGGAACGAGUCGCAGUGGAGGUGGGGAAUUGAUGUGGGCAGCGGAAGGGUUUGUCAGAAUUGGAACGACCGCCCACAAAGCCAUGUGGGAUCCGCGGCAGGCAACGAGGACAGCGACGACACUGGAAGCUACGAACGGCAUGAACAAGUGCGGGCUGAUGGGCCUGUUGAGCAAGAUGAUCCAGAGGGCGAAGAAAUGAACCAGUUUUCGUCGUUCUGGGAAGAGGAAUACGGAGCCGACAGGGUUAGCUUGCGGAGUCUUGCUGACGGUGGGCGUUUAUCUUCGAGGCGGAGUAGUAGCAGUGGCGCAGGUGAGGAGAUUGUCGGUGAAAGGUCAGGCUCUCCGGUAUCAUUGCUUUCGGAUAAAACGGGUUUGGAGGACCGGAGAUGA